CAGUAGAAAAGCAGCGGGGAUAACAAGCCUGCGAAGCGCAACAAAGCUGAAAUGAACCCCUUCCGUCUUUCACAAGGUUUCAAGACAGACUGUCACGAGUCUUUCAUGGUUUGAUGUCUCUCAGUCCUCACUUCAACUUCUCUAUCUUCUUGCGUUUUCGUAAAGUUGCCAUCUAUCUGUCUGCUUGCAUGCCUUCUUCCUGUGCCAUGCUUCAUGCUACAGAAUAAAGGCUAGAACCACAGAAGCCAACACCACUCCUUACUGCUAAUCCAACUCUGUCCACCACUCUUUCCCCCAUCCACACUACUAGGACACCGCUUUAUCUCUGCAGUUCCUUGUGUUUGAACAUUACGCACCAUUGAACUGCAAGAGAGGUUGAGGCAAGAUGGCCAGCACUACCCCUCAAGAUCGAUUGAACAAAUUGUUCUCCAACCAAGCGCUUCCACCUGCUCCAACUCUUGGUCAACCUCACUUCUCCGAAAAAGAGCUCGAACUAAGAGAAGCGAGAGACCAACAGUAUGGGAAGGUCCCUGCAACUGUUCAAUAUCCAAGAGAGGCCAAUGCGGCAAAAAAACAACAACCGCAAAGAGAUAUCCUCAUUCUUACCAGCUCCGACGACGACGACGAUUAUGUCUCCGCCUUCAAGCAGAAGCCUUCCAUGAAAUCCGCUCCGAAGAAAUCACAGCCAAAACCAAGCGCCAGACGUGCACCCAAUGGAAGUGAAAGUUCCAAGGAUGCUGUUCUCGACUCCAAUGAGCCUCUUCGGUACUUCGCGAAGGGGAAGGUCUCCAAGCGCAUAUCUUCGAGGCCCGUGAUGGAAUAUUCUGGCUCUGACAACGAUGAGCUUCCGAAAAAAGACAAGAGAGGGAAUCCGGUCGCAGGACAUUUCUGUCAAUUCAUCCUUGCUGCAAAAUUCCCAUACAAAUACAUGAACGAUGUCAAUGAUCGCGUCUCGCGCCACUUUUUUGCGGGCAAUAAAUUCUACAACCGGACCUGGGAUAUCCACUACCUGCAUCCUCCACUAAGCUUGAGCGCGAAACCGAUCAUCCUCGUUCCACAUGCACAGGUUCAGGAACUCAUUACGGAAAUUGGCCAGGCCUUCAAAAUCCCGGUGUCAGUACCACCAUUCCCGUUUACUCUCACAUUUUACGAGGACGGGACCCCCAAACCUCAAUGUUUGGGCGUGUCAUGCUCCAAGGAAGAAGCCCAAGAGAUACAGAACAACGUUCCUGGCGUUCCCCCUGACCACGGUGAAUGCCCAGAUGAUGCCUCAAAUGAAACCAAACAGCUCUUUGAAGACUUCAAGCACAAGUGCCAAUCUGCCAUCGUGGCGGUGGGCAAGAGCAAAGGCGGACGAGGCAAAAAGAAGGGAGCAGAUGACCGUUUGAUUGCAAUAAGAGAUUGGUAUGUGCAGUUGAGAAGAGCUCAGCGCUACAUGGGCUUGCGUCAGAAGACUGGCCAGAUUCAAUACCCAGACCCAAGCUUGCCAUGGGAUGCACAGGAGCAAUUCCGCCUGCAACAGCUGAAGAGCGCCCAUUUUAUUUUGGAUCCGCUCGACCUCAGUGCUCCAGCUCCAUACCCUUUUGAAGCAGAAACAGUUAUCAUUGCGGUUGAUAUCGAGGCAUAUGAAAGAGCACACAACCUGAUCACAGAGAUUGGUAUCAGCACUCUGGACACACUCGACCUUGUCAACAUGCCUCCAGGUCCAAACGGUAAGAAUUGGACGGACCAAAUCCGUUCUCGACACUUCAGAAUCAGUGGGAGAGAGCAUCUAGUCAACAAAGAUUUCUGCAUUGGAGAUCCGACUUCAUUCCAAUUUGGCAAGUCAGAAUGGGUCGACCUCAAAGAUUCCGGAACCAAAGUGGACAGCUGCUUUGAGUGGCCUUUCUCUGUGGAUUACAAACACCCUAGCCUGGUAGAUCCCUGGAGCGUCGAGCCAGCAAACCCCGUAAAAGAGAACGACGUCUGCGAAACAACUUCUAGCGAUUUUGGAGGGGUCAGCACGGGCCCGACUAACGCUGAACAAGAGGCUGCGAACAGAGCAGCUGUUACCAGCGUAUUGUAUGGUAUUGGUGAUCAGGAAGCCAUCAAACAUGCUGUCACACUUGCCAAAACAAAAGGGCCAGGCCCAGAAGCUCUGCAGCGUGGACCAAAGGAGCGUAAAAUUAUUCUGGUCGGGCACGAUAUUGCGAAUGAGCUCGCGUACUUAAAAGAUCUCGGAUCCAAAAUCUUCACACCCUCUCGAGCCACCUAUCCCAUUGCCGCCAUGGAUAUUAUGGCCAAUGGAGAAGACUGUUCCCAAACAUUGGCCUCCAUCAUCGAUGCACUUGACACGGCACCAUUGUAUCGGAUACUGAAGGAAGAGACCCAGAACCGUAACCUUGCUUCGGUUUUGGGAGACUUAGGCCUUCCAUGCUACUUCCCUCACAACGGCGGGAAUGACGCACGAUAUACACUGGAAGCGCUGGUAGCAAUGCUGAUCAAGGCACGAUUGAAUCACGAUAAGGAGCAGAAGAAAGAUGAAGAAGCAGAAAGAUGGCACAAAUCGGUGCGGAACGACAGUUGUAAUCAAGGCCUGGCUGCGAAUGACGACCCUUCGGCUACGUCUGGCAACUCAGGACAGCCAUACACUCCAGACGGUGGCCAGCGGAAGACAGAAAAUCUCGAUGCUUUUAAGGCUGCCACCCUGGCUUCUUCAGGGUCUGGAGUAUCCCCUCGACGCCAGAGAGACGAGGAUAUUGUUACUGUUGUGGAAAGAUUGAAGUUGGACCCGACCAUCGAUGAGGAAUACCCAAAGCUUCGCUUCCACUAGGUACUGGGUGGCAACUGAUGAAGCUGUCAUGUGGCCACAGCCUUGGAGGCUAGAUGCAUUGCUUGACUCAGCUCUCCUUUCAUUCUUUCGGGCUUUUUGAUGGAUCUGGAAUGCGCGGAGAUUCAACGAUGGGGGGAUGGCGGACUCUCAUCAUGAAGCUAUUUUUCCGCGUUACGAAGGUCACCAUUACAACUGGACUUGCGAAUUAUCAGGACGGCACAAAAUCAGCAGAGCUGAACGGCGCCGUUAGUGGGAUCGAAGGGACCUGAAGGCCCGCUCUAUUUUAUUGCUCUAGGGGAUUGUUCAGCGACGUCAGCUUCAUCGCAAACCCGGAUCGUGCUGUACCAACAGAGAAGACCUAG